ACUAGUCGUUUCAAGAUGGCGCUUUUCGAUAGUUCACCAUCUACACGGCAUGAGAAAAGCUUGGGUUUAUUGACUGUAAAGUUUGUUCGUUUGCUCCAAAGCUCCGCGAAUGGCCACUUAGACUUGAAACGCGCCGCAGAGUUACUGGAAGUUCGUCAAAAGAGAAGAAUAUACGACAUAACAAACGUUUUGGAGGGAAUUGGCUUAAUUGAGAAAAAGUCAAAGAAUGCAAUUCAAUGGAAAGGGGCAACGGGCAGUUCUGCAGAACUCACGUCGGAAAUAUCAGUGCUUCGUUCCGAAUUGGAGGAUCUAGAACGACAAGAGCGCAUGCUUCAGGGUUUCAUUCAUUCAGCAACCGUUAGCAUUCAAAACAUGACAGAUGACGAAACGAACAAAACAUUUGCCUACGCUACACAUAAUGAUAUUUGUCGUAGUUUUGAAGAGAAAACAAUUUUUGCUGUACAGGCACCAACAGGAACAGAAUUACAGGUCCCGCCGCCGAUGUGCCCAAUAAAAUAUGGUGAAAAAUAUUCGUUUAAAAUGCAUCUCAAGUCACGAAAAGGGCCAAUAUACACAUUUCUCUUAAAUAAUCAAGUGGAUACGGAAAUGAAUCCACCGCCUGCUAAAAUGGCCAAAAAGUCAACUCAAACAAGUGAGGAUGUGGAAGCAGAAGAGAAUAAACAGGUGGUGGAUAGCGAAGUCGCUGACUUAUUGAAAAAAAAUGAUCUUUUAUAUCUGACCUCGCCAAUGGAACGAUUGAGUCCUCCUGCAUCUGACAGAGAGUAUCAGAGAUCUUUAGAUAAUAACGAAGGAGUUGGGAAUUUGUUUGAUUUUUGA